AUGGACAAUAGCAUCAAGAGGUCUUGCAAGACUUUGUUACCUUGGAAGAGUUCAGAGGAGGUGAAACUAGGAGAGCUUGGGGAGAUGAUGGUUGCAAUGCUGCCCAGUGAUCUUCCCUUCACCAUUUUUGUCCCAUCAGAAGAAGCGUUUGAACAUGUUCUAAAACUGAGAGCCAGCGAUAGCUUAACUGAACAGAAGAUGAAUGAUACAUAUGCCACUGUCUCUCGCGUAAUGGGUUUUUCUGCAGUUCCUCAGCAUCUACCUUCUGGAGCAGUACCUUUGCACAAAGAAAUAUCUUUUGAUUCUAUAUCUGGAUUCAGAUUAUAUGCUUGGAAGGAUGUUAAAGGAACUCUGGUUGUUAAUGGGGUCAGAUCAGAAUGUGUUGAUGUCCGAAAAGCUGAGAUUAUUGUGCAUAUCAUGAGUGGGGUGAUUAUGGAUGUGGAGUUUGAGCAGUCAUUUUCUCCUGAUUACGAUGACUGA